UAGAGACUCUAGAGUGGAGGAAACAGUUCCCAAUUCAAAAUAAACGGAACUAUAUAAACAAAAAUAUGCCUAAAAAAAAGCAAAUAAUGUUCAUGUAUCAAUUUAAUCAAAGCUCGGAGUGAACAGUUAAAACCCAACUGAUCUGGGGUCAUGAUUUCCGAAAGCCCCUAGUGCGCCAGCUGACUUUGACAAUCAAUUUGUAAACAAACUUUCAUUCAAACUUUGUACUCAAAUCAAAAAUGUUUUAAUAAUUAUUUUCUAAUUACUAUUACCAGAAACAUUAAUGGGCCAGCCAAGAAGAAAACUUAUAACUAGAAAAUCAAUUUGUAAAUAUUUAUAAUAAUAAUUAAUCAAAAUGUAUUUUCUAAGGCCAUCACUUCAUGCAGCAAAAAAUUGUAUACAGAUUCAUAGAGUAUGCCUGGCAGCGGCAACCCAAACAAGACACUCCAGUUCUUCAAUCAAAGAUGAAGCCACUGUCUCAUUAAGCAAUGCUCAAAAACUUAAAAAAGCUGUAACAGAAUACGGAACCACAGUCAUAGUUUUCCACGUAGGCAUCUCACUAAUGUCCCUGGGCACUUCUUAUGCCUUAGUUUCAACAGGCUUGGAUGUGGAACAAUUACUAACCACCUUAAAACUGCAAGAGUAUGUCAAAGGCAAUACUAUGCUUGUUUCAAAUGCUGGAACCUUCGCAGUGGCUUACGCUAUACAUAAAGUGUUUGCUCCAGUUAGGAUAACAAUAACUUUGGGCUCUGUGCCGUUUAUUGUCAAGUAUUUGAGGAACAAAGGGGUUUUGAAAAAAUAGAUUUUUUUUUAAAUUUUUA